AUGGCCAAUAUACCACAGGUCUUUGCAGGAGUCUACAAGGGCAAAGAGAACGAGGAUAACCAGUUUGAUGAGUCUCUGUGGCAUAGUGUGGAUCUGAUAGGGAAAGCCCAGCUAGAAGAAGAACCAUGUUUCACCCACACACAGUCCCUAUCUCAGAAUACUGAGCUGGUACGGCUCAAUCUGUGUGGCUGCUCUGAAUUCUCCCUCGACUCGCUUAGUCAGAUUCUCAAAUCCUGCUUACGGCUUGACGAGUUGAUCUUGUCGUGGUGUGACUUCAGCACUGAUCGUGUGAAGGCUGUUGUCAGUAACAUCCCCACCAAUAUAACCCAGCUCAACCUCAGUGGCUACAGACAGAACCUUACUAUGGAAGAUGUGAAAGACUUGGUGGAGAGAUGUCCUAACCUCGUAAAUCUGGAUUUAAGUGACAGUGUUCUUAUGACGAGCUCCAGUUUCCCCAUCCUUCAGCAGCUGCAGUCUCUUAGACACUUAGCUUUGAGCCGCUGCUACCAGGUUCACACUGCUGCCUUAGCUGAUUAUGAGAAGUUCCCAGAGCUGCAAACGUUGGAGGUAUACGGACUGGUCCAGGACACCUACCUCCCAAUCCUGAGUAAAGGUUUGCCCCGUCUCCAAAUCAACACCCGGCCCUUCUCAGGCGUGGCCCGUCCCACCAAGGCCACCUGGAGGGACCGCACCAUGUGGGGCAUGACCUGUCGCUUGGUGUUCAGACUAGAGGUCGACCGAUUAUUAUUUUUUAACGCCGAUACCAAUUAUUGGAGGACCAAAAAAGCCAAGUGA